AUGGCAAACCGCGCCAAAACCCUCAAUGCAGACGUCUUUACCAUUGCUGACCUGCGCGACAAGGCAUCCAAGAAGCUGCCAAAAGCAUACAGGGAAUUCUACAAUGAAGGCGCCAUGGACAUGAUCAGCGUGCAGGACAAUGAAGCCGCCUACAACCGCUACAAAAUCCGGCCUCGCAUCCUGCGCAACGUCGCCGACCUCGACACAUCCACCGACCUGUUCGGCCACCGCAUCAGCUUCCCCUUUGCCUUCUCCCCCGCGGCCACGCACAAGCUGGCGCAUCCCGACGGCGAGCUGGCCACGUCGGCCGCCGCCGCCGCCUGCAACAUCCCCAUGGCCCUGUCGGCGUACGCCAGCUGCGCGCUGGAAGACGUGAUCCGCCAGCGAGGCGAGCAGGGGACAAACCCGUACAUCAUGCAGUUCAGCAUCCUCAAGGACCGCGCCCUCACCCAGCAGAUCCUCCAGCGCGCAGAGAGCGCAGGCUACCAGGCCGUCAUGAUGACCGUCGACGCCCCCCUGCUGGGCCGUCGUCUCAACGAGUUCCGCAACGCCUUUGCCCUCCCUGCGGGCGUCGGAUACCCGAAUCUCAGGCUGGCCGCCAUGGCCGAUCUGGUCGACCAGGGCGCCGGCCUGGCCUACGAAGACGCCUGGGAAUGGGAUCAGGCCAUCCCCUGGAUCCGCAGCGUCACCCGCCUCCCCAUCUGGCUCAAGGGCGUCUACACGGCCGAAGACGUUGCCCUGGCCAUCCGCCAUGGCGUCGAUGGCAUCCUCAUCUCCAACCAUGGCGGCCGCCAGCUCGACGGCGUCCCGGCCACGCUCGACGCCCUGCGCGAGUGUGCCCCCAUCGCCAAGGGCAAGAUCAAGAUCGCCGUCGAUGGGGGGAUCCGUCGCGGGACAGACAUCUUCAAGGCCUUGGCUUUGGGCGCCGAUUAUUGCUUUGCAGGCAGAAUUCCCAUCUGGGGGUUGGCAUAUAACGGCUCGAAAGGCGUCGAACUCGCUGUCCAGCUGCUGCAUGAGGAAUUCAAGCUCGCCAUGGCUCUGGCCGGCUGCAGGACCGUCAAGGAUAUCAACAAGAGUCAUCUUUCCAUUCUGCAGAACGACGGCGUUCUUUCGAAGCUGUAG